AUUUUGGUUGAUUGGUGCUACUCGUGUUUUUGUAGAGAUCACCUGCGGAUUGUUUCCUCUGAAGUUUCCCUCCAUCGACUGCUGUCUAUGCCUUCUUGCUGACUUCACCCUCUCUGAAAGAAUCUUUUCUACCACAUCUUCAAUAGCAGUUUCUCUUUUUGGUCAUGGAUGAUUUUGUGCGAGAAAAACUGAUUGAAUGGGAUCUACAAAAGUGGAUGGAUAAAUUUGAAGAUGAAGAAAUUACACAGGAAAGUUUAUAUGAACUUAAUGAUGAACUCAUUCAUAAGUUGAUUCCAAAAGUUGGACCAAGAUUAACGUUCAAGAAGAAAUUAAAGCAGUUAAAGGAAGAACAAAACAUAAAUCAGGAAACAGUCAAUUUGUCUGUUCAAGAGCAAAAAGAAGCACCUGAUAAAGAUCAGGUUUUGGCAUCCACAAGUGAUAAAGGAAAGAGAAGGUUUGAACAUCCAGGCGGGUCCAGCAAAUUGCAACCACCAGCUAAACGACAACGUAGCUCCCAACCAAGACCAUACUUGGAAGCAAUCGUGCUGUCUGAUGUAAAAAACAUAAUGAAAUUCGUCCAUGCCAGACUACACGAAAAAGACAAGCUCAGUGCUUUCCUGAAGAAAAAAAUUUGUGAUUUAGAGACAGACAAGAGGGAGCUGGUUGGUGUCUUUGGUAAAACUGGGGCUGGAAAGAGUUCUCUGAUAAAUGCCAUCAUUGAAGAGAAGAACCUUUUGCCUUCUGGAAGUGUCAGUGCAUGCACCUCAGUCAUGAUCAAAGUGGAGGCUAACAUGCAAGGCUCUAACUAUGAGGCAGACAUUGAGUUCAUCACACCAGAGGAGUGGAAAGAUGAGUUGUGGUCAUCUCAUCAAUUUCUUGGGGAUAAUGAAGACUGUGAAAUGGAUGUUGAUAAUGACUAUCAUGACAUCAGUGAAAAGUUUUCAGCGCUCUAUGGAGAAGAAUGGAAAGGAAAGUCUUUUGAAGAUCUUAUGGAUGGAAAAUAUUUCAGAGAAAUUCCAGAAUUUCCCCAAAGUAGGAGGAAGAUUUUGACAUGUGAAUCAGCUGAUAAACUUUCUGCAGAAUGUGUCAAAUACACAAGAAGUGAUUCAAAACAAGAAGAAGGUAAUGAAGGAAAAAAGUGGUUUUGGCCACUAGUGAAGUGUGUGACUGUCAGGGUGCCAAACAAUCCUUUUCUCCAGCAUGUCACACUUGUGGACCUUCCUGGAAAUGGCGACCGUAACAAGAGCAGAGAUCAGAUGUGGAAAGGGAUACUUGGAGAUUGUUCUACUGUGUGGAUUGUGACUGAAAUUAAUCGAGCAGCAUCAGAGAAAGAGGCCUGGGAGAUCCUGGAAAGUGUCAGUAGUCUGAUUGGAAAUAGUGGCGAAUGUCAGCAAAUUCAUUUUAUUUGCACCAAGUCUGAUCUUCUUGAUGACUCAGAUGAUCUUUCAUCAGCUGAUUUCCAUGAUCUACUAACUGAAAGAAAUGUGCAAGCCAAGGAUGCAAUAAAGAAAGAAUUCAACAAGCAAAGCAAGACUAAGAAACACUUCACUGAUGACACUUUCAAAGUGUUCACAGUGAGCUCCAAAGAGUUCCUAAAAGAAAACUACUUAAGUCCAGAAGAUACUGAAAUAACCAAACUUCAGAGAUUUUUGCAAGAUCUCAAUGACUGUCACUCAGAGACAGUAAACUAUGUGAAGGGAGCUCACGGGAUUCUGUCUUUAAUUCAAGGCGCCAACUCCAGAGGAGUGGAUAGUAAAAAAGGCGAGGUGUGUGAAGAACUUGAGAUAAACAUGAGCCUCCAACUUGAUAAUGUCAGAAAAGAAAUGGAAGACACCUAUACAGCUUUUAAAAAAUGUCUUGAUGAUGGUGUUGAGAAAUCCAAAUGUUCAUAUGGAGAAAAACUCAAGAACUUCUUGUAUGAUGGAAAGAAUGGUGGUGCUUUUUACAAUUUACUGAAGUGUGUCAUUGAGAAUGGUGGCAUCUACAAACCAAAAAAAGGGAAACCAAUAAACCUUAAUAUGAAGUUGGCUUCCUGUCUGAUUGACAGCAUUGGUGCAGAAUUCAGAAAGACCUUUCCAAAUGAAGUAACAUGUGGAGCGUUCAACGGAGUCAUCAAGACAUUUUCACUUGACAUUGAUUCUCUAAUUGAAAAGUACAAAAAUGCUGAACUGCAGCUCAGAUUUCUCAAGACAGAGGAAGAAAAUAUUAAGGCAAGACUGAGCAGAAUCAUCCAGAAACAGAAGAAAAAUGUCUACAGCAGUCUGACAGAGACAAUUGAGAACAUUAUGGAAGAAGGCUAUUGCAAGGCUUUAGCAUUUACAGGAGAAGACACACUGUACAACAUGAGGGAGACUAUUGAGAACCACGUGCACUCAAAGAAGGACAUGUUUGAGCAGGCAAAAAAUACCAUGUUGGGGAAGUUGCACGAUUUGAUGGUAUACGUCUUGGAGACUCUGGAGAAAACUAUGAAGGAAUCUAUUGGACUUUCAUUCACGGCUGAAGAGUGCUUACUCCCAGAUGUUUCAACAGAGCUUGAGAUGGUGAAGAAAUAUUAUAAUCAACUUGUAGGCACUCCAGAUAAUGAAAUAUCACUAACUCUGUAAAUCCUAAUGUUAUCAACUGAAUUAAAUUAAUGUUUUUAAUUUAAAAAAUGUCAAUGUUUUUUGUUUUUAAAAAUGUUAAAAUUUGUUUUAAGUACAUAUGCUGAUCAUCUUAGAGGCUGCAAUUAGUCCAUUUUAGGGAUUCGUGUAGUGUGAGGAUUGUUAAAAGCAAUAUUAAGACAUAAAAUGUAAAUAAUUCAUAUCUUCCAUUUGUCAUUGUUCAGUAUCACACCUGUCUUGUUGUGUUUAAGCAGUACUAAUUCUAAAACUAUUUAUGCAUUUUGACUGAUGCUGUUUAAAAAGCUUGAGAAUAUAUUUUUUAUGUCCUUGAUCUGCUUACCCUGUGUUACAGUUUUUCUUAUUAAAUCAUUACAUGACAUUAUGGAGUUGUGUAAUGUUUAGAUUAUUUCUUGUAUUCUUCCUCUCAGUGCAUUUAGUCAUGUUGUCUUGUUGGUUUAGAGCUUAAUUUCUCCCUUGGUGUUCCUUAGUCCUGUGUUAAGAAAAAUUUAUUUCCUCUUUGGUUCUUGACUUUUUCUUUAAAGUUUUAGGAUCCAAACUUACUAAAAAAUCCUGCUCCAUAACAAAACAAACAUACAAAAACCCAUUACAUUACAGUUUUUGGAAAUAUGAAAUCACUAUAAUAGUGUAGAAAUGUGUAUUUAAACAUGUUUACAUUGACAGAAAUUGGAGUUUCUAUGGUUUGACCCAUCUGUGAUAGAAGUGAGCUGAAUGUGGCCUACGAUGAAAAAUGCGUUUUACAUCCUGUGAGGCCUUAAGCCUCGUUAACGUUUGGUGGGCCUGUUUUUAUUUCCUUUUUGUUCAGGCCAUCAUUAGUGGCUCCUCCCAUCCAUUAUGAGAAAAGGAGUUCACCUGUU